GCAGAUCUUUCCCAGAAAUCAACCAUGCAAGCCUCCAUGUUCAUAAUCCUCAUACCAAUUAUACUCUCCUUCAAUCCAUUAUUUGUUGAAGCACAGAGCGGGCAUCUUCCUCCAGAUGAAUUGAAUGCACUUAAGGAAAUAGCUAAACAACUGGGAAAGAAUGAUUGGGAUUUUAGUCUAAAUCCUUGUGACAACAACUCAAACUGGAUGACAUCAAACAAUACAUAUAUGCCGCCACUGUACAAUAAUACUCUCAUUUGCAAUUGUAGCUUCCCUGGUGGAAUUUGCCAUGUGCAAACCAUCAUUUUGAAAGGGCAGGAUCUGCAAGGUGUCCUUCCUCCUUCCUUGGUGAAGUUACCCUUUCUCAAGACAAUUGAUUUAACUCGCAACUACUUAAGUGGUACAAUUCCCCCUGAUUGGGCUUCUACUAAAUUGGAAUAUCUGUCCGUUGUUGUGAAUCGAUUGUCAGGACCAAUUCCAAAAUACUUGGGAAAUAUAUCAACUCUUGAAUAUUUAAACUUGGAGAACAAUAUUUUCAAUGGAACUGUUCCACCAGAGCUUGGGAAACUUGCCAACUUACAGAAUCUCAUUCUUAGUGCUAAUAAUCUCACAGGUGAAUUGCCAAAACAAUUUUAUGCUCUUAAUUUGACAGAGCUUAGGCUUAGCCACAAUAACUUCACUGGGAAAUUGCCUAGCUUUCAAACUUUCAAAAGCCUUAAACAACUAGAGGUUCAAGCAAGUGGUUUUGAAGGACCCAUACCUCAAAAUAUUUCUGGAUUGACAAGCUUAACAGAACUUAGAAUCAGUGAGCUAAAUGGAGGUGUCUCCCAUUUUCCUAUACUAAACGACAUGACAAAAAUGGAAAUGUUGAUGUUGAGGAGGUGCAAUAUUUCUGGGAAGAUACCUGAUUUGGCUCAUAUGGCAGGCUUGAAACACCUAGAUUUGAGUUUUAAUAAUCUGGAAGGAGAGAUUGAUGGUCUUCAAGCUCUUGGUGACCAGAGUACAGGUCUUGGUCAUCUGCAGUACAUGUAUCUAACGAACAACUCGUUUAGUGGGCAAAUUCCUCAAUGGACUAUAAACCGAGAUUCCAGAUAUUUCACAGAUCUUUCUUACAAUAAUUUUGAGGGGAGCUCUGUACCACAUGCCUGUUCCUCCGAAACUGUAAACUUGUUCAAAAGCUAUAAUGGUGGAGGAGAAAAUGAAAAAUUUGUAAAGUGUCUAAUGAAUUGCACGAAAGAUUGGUAUUCAUUUCACAUCAAUUGUGGUGGAAGCAAUGUUUUGAUUGGUGACACUACAUAUGAUGCAGAUCAAGAUUCUUCUGGGCCUGCAAAAUUACUUUCCAACAAAGAGAACUGGGUAACAAGUAAUACAGGGUACUUUUGGGACAGAAAUGUAAUACUAUCUGACUAUACAACAACAAAUACAUCUGUCAUCAAGGGAAAAGACUCUGAAAUCUACCAAACGGCUCGGUUGUCUCCUUUAUCUCUAACGUAUUACGGGCGUUGUUUAGCAAAUGGAAAAUAUACUGUGAAACUUCAUUUUGCAGAGAUAGUUUUGAGAGAGAAUAGAUCUUUUCAAAGUCUUGGAAGACGCAUAUUUGAUGUUUAUAUACAGGGUCAAAGGAAAUUAAAGGAUUUUGAUAUUAAAACUGAAGCACAAGGGGUUGAUAAAGCCUUAAUUAAACAAUUUCAAGCAAUUGUUAAAGAUAAAACUCUAGAGGUGCGGUUUGAAUAUGCAGACAAAGGAACAACAGCAGCCCCACAUAGAGGAGUCUAUGGCCCUUUAAUAUCUGCCAUUUCUGUGGAAUCUGAUUUCAAGCCUCCUCGCAAUAGAAAGACUUUAAUUACAGCUGUUGCAGUGGCUUCUUUUUUAUUUCUUAUUUUCUCAAUUCUCUGUAUUGCUUCGUGGAAAAUCUACAUCAGAAAAAAGACCUCACAAGAAAAAGAACUGCGAGGCCUAGAUCUACAAAUUAGUCUAUUUACUUUUAGAGAAAUUAAAGAAGCUACAAACAACUUUGAUGCUGCAAAUAAGAUCGGGGAAGGUGGUUUUGGGCCUGUAUACAAGGGUACAUUAUUAGAUGGUACGACUAUUGCUGUGAAACAACUCUCGUCCAAAUCAAAACAGGGAUACCGUGAAUUUUUAAACGAAAUAGGCAUGGUUGCUUGUCUGCAGCACCCUAAUCUUGUGAAACUUUAUGGGUGUUGUGUUGAGAGAAAACCGUUGCUGCUGAUAUAUGAGUACUUGGAAAACAACAGCCUUGCCCAUGCACUUUUUGGUCCGGAAGAUUGUCAACUAAAAACAGAUUGGUCUAUUAGAUAUAGAAUUUGUGUUGGUAUUGCAAAAGGUUUAGCUUUCUUGCACGAAGAAUCAGAAAUAAAAAUUAUUCAUAGGGACAUUAAGGCCAACAAUGUGCUACUUGACAAAGACCUCAAUCCAAAAAUUUCUGAUUUUGGUCUAGCUAAACCUGAUGAUGAGAAUACACACAUCACCACAAGAGUUGCUGGGACAGUUGGAUACAUGGCUCCUGAAUAUGCAUUGUGGGGCUACUUAACAUUUAAAGCUGAUGUCUAUAGUUUCGGAAUAGUGACACUGGAAAUUCUUGCCGGGAAGAACAAUGUGAAGCGUCAUUCUAAUGAGAACUACUUUUGCCUCCUUGAUUGGGCACUUGUUCUUCAAAGAAAAGGGAACUUAAUGGAGUUAAUAGAUUCAAGAUUGGGUUCUAAUUUUGACAAAGAUCAAGCACUCAGAAUGGUUAAAGUGGCUUUGCUUUGUACUAAUACUUCACACGUCCUUAGGCCAUCCAUGUCUGCAGUAGUUAGCAUGCUUGAAGGUCGUGAUGAUAUUCUUGAAUAUGAUCCCAAUCUAGAUGAAUUCAAUUUUCAAGCAAUGAAAGAUCAUUAUGAUGAAAUGGCAAUCCGCUCAAGUGAUUCUCCCAACAAAGUAGAUUUUUCAUCAUAAGCAAAUUACCAUGCUAAAAAUCUUUUAUAAAUGUAAGAUAUUAGACUCUCCCACUAUUGCACUUCUUUAUCAAAAUAUCUCGUACGUAGUUAAAGUUUUUCAUAUGUAAUCUGAAUUGUAAUUUGAUCUACUGCAUAUAUUAUCUUUGUGUGUA